GCAACAAGAAUUUCUCAACGUCAUAUCCAUUAACCAAAUACAAGAACCAAAAUGCCAACAAUUCAAGAAAUUGAAGGUGAGUUUCAACAACUUCAACUUUCCCUUCCAAUUGAUCAUUGGAUGGGUAUUUUUCCCAUUAACCUUUACCAAGGCUUUUGGUGCCCACUUCUUGAGCCCACAAUCUCAUUGCAAACCCAUUUCGAGGCCCAUGAUACCGAUAUCAUUUUAGCUAGCUUACCCAAAACAGGUACCACUUGGUUAAAAUCUCUCCUUUAUGCUAUUAUAAAUCGGAAGAGAUUUUCGGACAUUGAUCAACACCCACUUCGGAGUCAAAACGCCCACGAACUUGUUCUUCAGUUAGAGGCCAAAGUUUAUAAAAAUAUUCAAGGGUGUCAACCCGAUCUUACCAAAUUACCCUCACCUCGACUCUUUGCCACCCAUAUACCGUAUUCUUCACUACCAAAAUCAAUGAAAAUCUCCGACUCCAAAAUUAUUUAUGUAUGUCGAAAUCCUUUAGAUACUUUCGUUUCAUCAUGGCAUUUUUACCGCCAACUUAAGGUAAAUAUGGGCUUAAAGCAUUUUUACAGUCAGUUGAAGGUAAAUAUGGGUUUUAAGCAUCUUUUCCGUCAGCUAAAGGUGAUUUUAGGUUUUUUCUAUUUUUACCGCCAGUUUAAGGUAAAUAUGAUAGAGGAAGAUUUUAAUAUGUUUUCUAAGGGGAAAUUCCCAUAUGGCCCUUAUGAAGAUCAUGUACUUGGGUAUUGGAAGGAAAGCAUACAAAAUCCAAACAAGGUGUUGUUCAUGGAAUAUGAAGGGCUAAAGGAGGAUCCGAAAGCCUAUGUGAAGAAAUUGGCGGAGUUUGUGGGUUACCCGUUUUCGAAAGAGGAGGAAAACAAAGGUAUCAUUGAUGAAAUAAUCAAACUUUGUAGCCUUGAAAGUUUGAAGGAAAUGGAAGUGAAUAAGAGUGGUAAUUUUUAUGGGUUUUUUGAGAACAAAGCUUUGUUUAGAAAAGGUGAAGUUGGAGAUUGGACUAAUUAUUUGAGCCCUUCAAUAGUUAAGAGUUUUGAUCAAAACAUCCAAGAGAAAUUUAAGGACUCUGGCUUUUCUUUUACACACUAUCAUCCCCUUACUGAGGCUCCUAAGUAAGCAGGAUGAAGGAUUUAUUCAUUCAUUUGUAAAGUUUCCAUUAUAGAUUGUUUAUAGUGCUAAUUGGUUAUUAGUUAAUUGAAUUAAUUUGUUUAGCUCUCCUAUUUCAACAAUAAAACACAUGUAUAUAAUUUUUUUU